CUCCCUUGCGCCCUCUCUCUCUCGCUCUCUUUCUCUUGCUCUCAAUUAAAUUAAAUUCAAUUCAAAGGGCUUUAUUGGCAUGGGAAACAUAUGUUUACAUUGCCAAAGCAAGUCUGCCUCUCUCGCUCAGUAUUUUUCUCCUUUGCCUUUCCUCCUCAGCAUCUACUUCUGAUGCCGUGUGUCUGUGCUGCUGGGGCGACUGGGGCCUAACGCGCAGGGCCCUUCCCCCGAUUCGCUGCACCUUCCCUGGGUCUCUGUCUCUGACACUUCCCCCUGCCUGUCAGCCUGCCUGGAUACCUCCCCCACCCCCCGUAGGGAGCAACGACGUUCCGCUUCACUGGGGAGCCGUUCGGGAAUUAGCAAUGCCCAACCCCGGCAUCCUUUAGCCACUUGGAAUAUCUCGGAUUUCUGCAUCCGUCCGUCUGUCUCGCUAUCCAUCUGUCGCCGGUCUCCCUCCAUCCGUGGAGGGGGACAGAGGAAUGAACUACUGCAACCAUGAUUCAAGGUAAUUAUUUGUGCCUCCUCCUUUCUAUCCUCUACAUCCUCCCUCUCUUCUCCUACCCGCUUAUGCUAGUGCAUGGUAAUAAGCUAUCUGGCACAUCUGUGUGUUUGUUGCUUAGGCUAGCAUAUGUUUUUUCUACCUAUAGUGUGAUGACCUGGGGAUUUGUAAAGGGAGGGUAGUGGUCCUCUGUAGCUCAGCUGGCAGAGCACGGCGCUUGUAACGCCAAGGUAGUGGGUUCGAUCCCCGGGACAACCCAUACACAAAAAUGUAUGCACGCGUGACUGUAAGUCGCUUUGGAUAAAAGCGUCUGCUAAAUGGCAUAUUAUAUUAUAUUAAAUAGAUGUUCACUCCACAGCUGUGUAUGUAGCACUAUGAGAGCGACGUCCGGCUCGGCAGGGUUGCUUUUGUGUAUGUGUGUGUCUGGUGAUGGCUGUGUGUGUAGUCAAUAGUCGUGUCUCAAGGUUAUACCCACUCUUGUGUCUCAAUACUAAAUGUGCUAGAAUUCUGUGAGCUCUAGUGUAUUAUGUUCUAGACUAAUGUAUUGGCUGAAAUAAUGCCAACUCAUUUCAGAAUGUGUGAAUCAGUUACCCAUUCACCGAUGGUCCUACCCAUCAUAUCAAGAGGACAUUUUCAAACCAUUUUAAUUUGUGUUUUCAUUGUGACAUUGGUUGGUCUAUUCUCUAUUUGUUAUAUGUCUAUAACCCAAGCCAUCAUGGUAAUGAUAAAACAUGGUAGAUAUUAAACAGUAUAGUUGCAUUCAUUCACCAUCAGCUAAUACAUCCCUCUCAGAUCAGACAUCAUGUCAACACGGUAGGCAUUGCUAACAAAACACAUACACAUAUAUGGUCUAACAUUACUUACUUGCAGGUUGCUUAGGCCUGCUGAAUGAAUGGCUAACACAAGGAGUGUAAUAGGCUUUAUUGAUAAAGAUUAUUUGUGAAGCAUGCCAUUGUAUGAUAUGUCAUUGACGACUGAACCAUUUGUAGACUUGCAUGCCAAGCUGGCAGCUCCUAGGCUCUAAUACAAUUCAUCAAUGAGAGCUAUGGUAGUGUAAGUCUCAGUGCCCACGUGCAAGGUGCACUAUGGGAUUGGAAGGUCUUAGGGAACAGAUAGGCAGAAUGGACAGAAAUAGAGAUGGCUGUGAGACGCUAUCCAUAGUAGAGAGAGGGAGGGCUCUGCCUAGAGUUUCUCUGACUCCAGUUGACUGCUAUUCAGUGCAGUGUUAGUGUACAAUGUUUUAUUAAGUCGUCUAUUAAAGAAUUUGGAGUGGAGAGGGAAAGUUAAAUAGUCUAAAGUAACUUCAUCCCCAAGAAGUACCCUCUCCUUUUGUCACUGGCCUUAAAAAACAUUGGGCAUUGGUGAAAGCAAUAGGGUAGAUGGAUGCUCCCUGUGAACUCGUCUCACCUGUCCAGCUCUUUCACAUCAGUGCAAAUGAAGGAAAAGGGACAAAGAGAGGAAGCCAUGGGAGACUAUUGAGAUGCAUUUUUUCUGCUCAUUGUGCUUGGCAUAAACUAGGCCUACACCAAAAUAUCAAAACAGCUGAAUAGAAUUCACCCUAGGAGGUUCCCCAGUAAAAAUCUGGGGCUGCAGCGUACCAUAAUUACUAUAUACAGUGGGGAGAACAAGUAUUUGAUACACUGCCAAUUUUGCAGGUUUUCCUACUUACAAAGCAUGUAGAGGUCUGUAAUUUUUAUCAUAGGUACACUUCAACUGUGAGAGACGGAAUCUAAAACAAAAAUCCAGAAAAUCACAUUGUAUGAUUUUUAAGUAAUUAAUUUGCAUUUUAUUUCAUGACAAAAGUAUUUGAUACAUCAGAAAAGCAGAACUUAAUAUUUGGUACAGAAACCUUUGUUUGCAAUUACAGAGAUGAUAAGUUUCCUGUAGCUCUUGACCAGGUUUGCACACACUGCAGCAGGGAUUUUGGCCCACUCCUCCAUACAGACCUUCUCCAGAUCCUUCAGGUUUCGGGGCUGUCGCUGGGCAAUACAGACUUUCAGCUCCCUCCAAAGAUUUUCUAUUGGGUUCAGGUCUGGAGACUGGCUAGGCCACUCCAGGACCUUGAGAUGCUUCUUACGUAGCCACUCCUUAGUUGCCCUGGCUGUGUGUUUCGGGUCGUUGUCAUGCUGGAAGACCCAGCCACGACCCAUCUUCAAUGCUCUUACUGAGGGAAGGAGGUUGUUGGCCAAGAUCUCGCGAUACAUGGCCCCUUCCAUCCUCCCCUCAAUACGGUGCAGUCGUCCUGUCCCCUUUGCAGAAAAGCAUCCCCAAAUAAUGAUUUUUCCACCUCCAUGCUUCACGGUUGGGAUGGUGUUCUUGGGGUUGUACUCAUCCUUCUUCUUCUUCCAAACACAGCGAGUGGAGUUUAGACCAAAAAGCUUAAUUUUUGUCUCAUUAGACAACAUUACCUUCUCCCAUUCCUCCUCUGGAUCAUCCAGAUGGUCAUUGGCAAACUUCAGACGGGCCUGGACAUGCGCUGGCUUGAGCAGGGGGACCUUGCGUGCGCUGCAGGAUUUUAAUCCAUGACGGCGUAGUGUGUUACUAAUGGUUUUCUUUGAGACUGUGGUCCCAGCUCUCUUCAGGUCAUUGACCAGGUCCUGCCGUGUAGUUCUGGGCUGAUCCCUCACCUUCCUCAUGAUCAUUGAUGCCCCACGAGGUGAGAUCUUGCAUGGAGCCCCAGACCGAGGGUGAUUGACCGUCAUCUUGAACUUCUUCCAUUUUCUAAUAAUUGCGCCAACAGUUGUUGCCUUCUCACCAAGCUGCUUGCCUAUUGUCCUGUAGCCCAUCCCAGCCUUGUGCAGAUCUACAAUUUUAACCCUGAUGUCCUUACACAGCGCUCUGGUCUUGGCCAUUGUGGAGAGUUUGGAGUCUGUUUGAUUGAGUGUGUGGACAGGUGUCUUUUAUACAGGUAACGAGUUCAAACAGGUGCAGUUAAUACAGGUAAUGAGUGGAGAACAGGAGGGCUUCUUAAAGAAAAACUAACAGGUCUGUGAGAGCCAGAAUUCUUACUGGUUGGUAGGUGAUCAAAUACUUAUGUCAUGCAAUAAAAUGCAAAUUAAUUACUUAAAAAUCAUACAAUGUGAUUUUCUGGAUUUUUGUUUUAGAUUCCGUCUCUCACAGUUGAAGUGUACCUAUGAUAAAAAUUACAGACCUCUACAUGCUUUGUAAGUAGGAAAACCUGCAAAAUCGGCAGUGUAUCAAAUACUUGUUCUCCCCACUGUAGCUAGUUAGUUGGCUAGCUAGCACAAAAUGGCAAGUUAGUAUUUCUUGAUCCAACCCAAAAAUUUUACAAAGAGUUAUAUACACACAUUGCCUUGUUGCUACCAGAUCCACUAGACAAAAUCAUCAGACAACGUUUAUUUCCUGUUUAUUAUCUAUUUGCUCUUAGCUACAUUUGGCUAGCACAGCAAAUAACCACAGAGCUAGUGUGUUGUGAAGGUAGAGAAAGAUCAGCUUACCUUGUUAGCCAGCAAGAUAGAUUAAUUUCUCUCACGACAGCCAACAAUAUAACUAAACUAAAUGUAACUGCCAUACGAGUCCAGUGUUUGAUGGCCACAUUGUUUACAUCAAAAGUUAGCUAGCAGCAGUAAUUACCCCGCUAUUAACCUUUCUCCCCCCUCACCAAUCUGUCUCUCCUAGCUCUUCGUCUGCUUCCUCCAAAAGGCAAUUAUAUUUUUCCCAGGUAUAUUGCCCACUUAGUUUCAAUUAAGGAACAUACUGCAGUUUUAAUGAACCGCUAGCUUGUGCUAGGUGUGUAUUAUGAACCUCACAUUACGAGAUCUAGCUAGUGGUUUGUUUAAUGUAGUAAAGCUGGACUAUAAUACAAAUGCUAGCGCUGACAAUGUUGAACUGCAUAUUAAUUAAACCAGGAUGAUACAUUUACAUUUUUGUCAUUUAGCAGACGCUCUUAUUCAGAGCAACUUACAGUCGAGUGCAUACAUUUUUUAUACCUUUUUUUUCAUACCGGUUGGGAAUUCGAACCCACAACCCUGGCGUUGCAAGCGCCAUGCUCUACCAACUGAGCCACAUGGGACCUAUAUAUAACAUGAAGCAAACAAAUAGCAACUUUUUCAAGCAACGUAUUUUUUUAAUUAAAUCAAAAUAACCUUAAAUUCAUUUCUGCAUACCCUCAUGAUAGUGAUAUUUGCUAAUACUAUCUGUCUCCUGUGCGUGUCAUCCUUAAUAAGGCCUUCCUUAAUUACAAGGGUAGGGCUAGCGGACUAAACUCCAGUCCAGGAAGUUUAUGAUGAAAGUGGAGUUUAGUCCGCUAGGGUAGGGCUUGCAUUAAUCCAUUUCAUGAUGGCAUGUAAAGUACUGUGGUGUAGCUGUAGAAGUCAAAUCUGGUAUCCUUCAACAUGGUUAUCGUCAUUAAUUGAAAAACCCACACACUGAUCUUGCCAGUAUCGAUCAGCCUUUUCUUUCAACUUAUUAGCAAAUGAUUCCCACACACAUACGUUAUCUCAGUUGUGUGAGUGCUUUUCCAAUUUCUAAUAGUGGCAUUUAAAAUGGAGAAAGCAUCUCAGCAAAAUUCCCACGGGGGGCCAGUAUGCAAAAUAAAAUAAAAAUAAUGUAUGCACUCACUAACUGUAAGUCGCUCUGGAUAAGAGCGUCUGCUAAAUGACUAAAAUGUAAAUGUAAAAUGUAAACAAUGUGUGAGGAUUUGUUAAUCCUGUUUCAGUAUAGAAAUGAAAAGCCACAUGUACAAGUGCAUUGGACAUGCCCACAAGGCCAAUACUAAUCCCAUCACGUCUGCAUUGGGCAUGCAUGCCAUAAAUAAUCUCACAUCCUCUGUAACCAAGAGGGUAGAGCACGGAUAGUGGAGGCAAGAGACAAAUACCCCGGAAAGUGACCACAGUAAAGGGUCACUUUUACAGUAUUACUGGGCUGGAAUAACAGACUGCACACACACACGCCCUAUGGGUCCCCAGCCAACCCUAUGGGUCCCCAGCCCACCCUAUGGGUCCCCAGGCCACCCUAUGGGUCCCCAGCCCACCCUAUGGGUCCCCAGCCCACCUUAUGGGUCCCCAGCCAACCCUAUGGGUCCCCAGCCCACCUUAUGGGUCCCCAGCCCACCUUAUGGGUCCCCAGCCCAACCUAUGGGUCCCCAGCCAACCCUAUGGGUCCCCAGCCCACCCUAUGGGUCCCCAGUAUUAGGUUAGUCCACUUCUGCUCCAAAGUCACCUCAAACAGGACUGUACCAACAUGGGUGCCCUCUGGGGGACAUAGGCCCUGAGCUCUGAGCUGUGGCUGUGUCCACACAUUAAACUGUAUCAGGGUGUGUUGUUUUUUCCAGUCUCUUUGACUCUUUGACUCUUUGGUGGUCCUCUGUAGCUCAAUUGGUAGAGCAUGGCGCUUGUAACGCCAGGGUAGUGGGUUCGAUCCCCGGGAUCACCCAUACGUAAAAAUGUAUGCACACAUGACUAUAAGUCGCUUUGGAUAAAAGCGUCUGCUAAAUGGCAUAUUAUUAUUAUAUUAUUACAACACUGUAUGAUGCCAACCCUGGAGGGGGCUUGGCCUCAGUUUUGGCACAGAAUGGCCGCUGUAGCUAGAUUCCCCCACAGCACUGGCUCAAUGGAGUGUUUCCAUUGACCACUACUGGCUUUUCUAUCCUUUCCGUUUAGUCUUUGGUUGUACAAAUGUGGUGAUUGUGUUCCUAAGUUACGCAUCCUACCUUUGUAAAUGUAGUGACCGCAAUUUAAUCUUCCUCUUUAGUAAUUCAUUUUAUGCAACUUGUAUAACAAAAUGAUUACUUCUGACAUGGUUUGUUGUACUACACUCCCCUCCAUAUGUAUUUGGACAGUGAAGCUAAAAUUUUUAAUGUGGCUCUAUACUGCAGAAUUUUGGAUUUGAGAUCAAAUGUUUCAUAUGAGACAACACAGAAUGCCACCUUUUAUUUGAGGGUAUUUUAUACAUAUCUGUUUUACCAUUUAGAAAUGAAAGCACUUUAUUGACAGUGCAUUCCGAAAUUAUUCAGACCCCUGGACUUUUUCCAAAUUGUACAUUACAGCCUUAUUCUAAAAUGGAUUAAAUGAUUUUUUCCCCCCUCAUCAAUCUACACACAAUACCCCAUAAUGACAAAGCGAAAACAGGUUUGUAGAAACUUUAGCAAAUUUAUAAAAACAUAAAAACAUAAAUACCUUAUUUACAUAAGUAUUCAGACCCUUUGCUAUGAGACUCGAAAUUGAGUUCAGGUGCAUCCUGUUUCCACUGGUCAUCCUUGAGAUGUUUCUAUAACUUUUAAUUGGAGUCAGUCCACCUGUGGUAAAUUCAAUUGAUUGGACAUGAUUUGGAAAGGCACACACCUGUCUACAGUGCCUUGCAAAAGUAUUCAUCCCCCUUGGCGUUUUUCCUAUUUUGUUGCAUUACAACCUGUAAUUUAAAUGGAUUUUUAUUUGGAUUUCAUGUAAUGGACAUACACAAAAUAGUCAAAAUUGGUGAAGUGAAAUUAAAAACAUAACUUGUUUCAAGAAAUUCUAAAACAUAAAUAACGGAAAAGUGGUGCGUGCAUAUGUAUUCACCCCCUUUGCUAUGAAGCCCCUAAAUAAGAUCUGGUGCAACCAACUACCUUCAGAAGUCACAUAAUUAGUUAAAUAAAGUCCCCCUGUGUGCAAUAUAAGUGUCACAUGAUCUGUCACAUGAUCUCAGUAUAUAUACACCUGUUCUGAAAGGCCCCAGAGUCUGCAACACCACUAAGCAAGGGGCACCACCAAGCAAGCGGCACCAUGAAGACCAAGGAGCUCUCCAAACAGGUCAGGGACAAAGUUGUGGAGAAGUACAGAUCAGGGUUGGGUUAUAAAAAAAUAUCAGAAACUUUGAACAUCCCACGGAGCACCAUUAAAUCCAUUAUUAAAAAAUGGAAAGAAUAUGGCACCACAACAAACCUGCCAAGAGAGGGCCGUCCACCAAAAUUCACGGACCAGGCAAGGAGGGCAUUAAUCAGAGAGGCAACAAAGAGACCAAAGAUAACCCUGAAGGAGCUGCAAAGCUCCACAGCGGAGAUUGUAGUAUCUGUCCAUAGGACCACUUUAAGCCGUACACUCCACAGAGCUGGGCUUUACGGAAGAGUGGCCAGAAAAAAGCCAUUGCUUAAAGAAAAAAAUAAGCAAACACGUUUGGUGUUCGCCAAAAGGCAUGUGGGAGACUCCCCAAACAUAUGGGAGAAGGUACUCUGGGCAGAUGAGACUAAAAUGGAGCUUUUUGGCCAUCAAGGAAAACGCUAUGUCUGGCGCAAACCCAACACCUCUCAUCACCCCGAGAACACCAUCCCCACAGUGAAGCAUGGUGGUGGCAGCAUCAUGCUGUGGGGAUGUUUUUCAUCGGCAGGGACUGGGAAACUGGUCAGAAUUGAAGGAAUGAUGGAUGGCACUAAAUACAGGGAAAUUCUUGAGGGAAACCUGUUUCAGUCUUCCAGAGAUUUGAGACUGGGACGGAGGUUCACCUUCCAGCAGGACAAUGACCCUCAGCAUACGGCUAAAGCAACACUUGAGUGGUUUAAGGGGAAACAUUUAAAUGUCUUGGAAUGGCCUAGUCAAAGCCCAAACCUCAAUCCAAUUGAGAAUCUGUGGUAUGACUUAAAGAUUGCUGUACACCAGCGGAACCCAUCCAACUUGAAGGAGCUGGAGAAGUUUUGCCUUGAAGAAUGGUCAAAAAUCCCAGUGGCUAGAUGUGCCAAGCUUAUAGAGACAUACCCCAAGAGACUUGCAGCUGUAAUUGCUGCAAAAGGUGGUUAUGCACGCUCAAGUUUUCUGUUUUCUUGUCUUAUUUCUUGUUUGUUUCACAAUAAUAUAUAUUUUUAAUCUUGAAAGUGGUAGGCAUGUUGUGUAAAUCAAAUCAUACAAACCCCCAAAAAUCCAUUAUAAUUCCAGGUUGUAAGGCAACAAAAUAGGAAAAAUAUCAAGGAGGGUGAAUACUUUCGCAAGCCACUGUAUAUAAGGUCCCACAGUUGACAGUGCAUGUCAGAGCAAAAACCAAGCCAUGAGGUCGAAGGAAUUGUCCGUAGAGCUCCGAGACUGGAUUGUGUCAAGGCACAGAUCUGGGGAAGGGUACCAACAAAUGUCUGCAGUAUUGAAGGUCCCCAAGAAUACAGUGGCCUCCAUCAUUCUUAAAUGGAAGAAUUUUGGAACCACCAAGACUCUUCCUAGAGCUGGCCGCCUGGCCAAACUGAGCAGCAUCAUGCUGUGGGGAUGUUUUUCAGCGGCAGGGAGACUAGUCAGGAUCGAGGGAAAGAUGAACGGAGCAAAGUACAGAGAGAUCCUUGAUGAAAACCUGCUCCAGAGCACUCAGGACCUUAGACUGGGGCGAAGGUUCACCUUCCAACAGGACAGUGACCCUAAGCACACAGCCAAGACAACGCAGGAGUGGCUUCGGGACAAGUCUCUGAAUGUCCUUGAGAGGACCAGCCAAAGCCUGGACUUGAACCCGAUCAAACAUCUCUGGAGAGACCUGGAAAUAGCUGUGCAGCGACACUCCCCAUCCAACCUGACAGAGCUUGAGAAGAUCUGCAGAAAAGAAUGGGAAAAAUUCCCCAAAUACAGGUGUGCCAAGCUUGUAGCGUCAUACCCAAGAAGACUCGAGGCUGUAAUCGCUGCCAAAGGUGCUUCAACAAAGUACUGUGUAAAGGGUCUGAAUACUUAUGUAAGUGUGACAUUUCUAAAAACCUGUAUUUGCUUUGUCAUUAUGGGGUAUUGUGUGUAGAUUGAUGAGGGGGGGAAAAAACAAUUUAAUCAAUUUUAGAAUAAGGCUGUAACGUAUCAAAAUGUGGAAAGACUCAAGGGGUCUGAAUACUUUCCGAAUGUACUGUAUCUAGUCCCCGCAUUUAAAGAAGUCAUAAGUAUUUGGACAAAUUCACUUAUGACACAUUUUGUUGUUGUUUUGGCUCUGGAUACAAUGGCUAUGAUGUUAAAGUGCAGACGGUCAGCUUUAAUUUGAGGGUAUUUUCAUCAACCGUUUAGAAAUGAAAGCACUUUUUGUACAUAGUCUCCCCAUUUUAGGGGACCAAAAGUAUUGGAACAAAUUAACUUAUGUGUAUUAAAGUAGUAAAAAGUUAAGUAUUUGGUCCCAUAUUCAUAGCACGCAAUGACUAUAUCAAGUUUAUGUCUGAAUGGUAAUGGGAAAUAAUGGGGGGGGUAAAUUUGCAUAAAUGUAUUGUGUCAUUUUGGAGUCACUUUUAUUGUAAAUAAGAAUAUACUAUGUUUCUAAACACUUAAUCCUGAAUGAAUCGUGAAUAAUGAUGAGAGACAAAGUUACAGAGGCAUAAAUAUACUCCCCCCAAAAAUGCUAACUUCCCAUUGUUUUAAUGGUGAGAGGUUAGCAUGUCUUGGGGGUAUGAUAUUUGUGUGUCUGUAACGUUCUCACUCAUUAUUAUUCACGGUUCAUUCAGGAUUAUCCGUAAUUAUGGUAACGUCCACAUUAAUGUAGAAGUGUUUAGAAACAUAUUCUAUUGUUAUUUACAAUAAAAGUGACUCCAAAAUGACACAAUACAUUUAUGCUAAUUUACCCCCCCCCCACCCACCCACUGUAACACAUAAGUUAAUUGAACUCAAAUGGUUUGAGGAAACGAACCGGUUGCCUUGACUCAUUUGAGUAAAGUAACUCAAACUAUUUGAGUUAUCAGCACUGAGAUAGCCUACUCUCUCCAACUCACUUUCUCUCCCGCUACCCUUCUUUCCUUCUCCUUUAGGACUGAAAAAACGCACCAGGAAGGCCUUUGGGUUACGAAAGAAGGAGAAGGACACAGACUCCACGUGAGUGUGCACGAGUAGACAGUUUAACGAGCAGAAUGAAGCACUGAGACAUCAAAACAUUGCAUAAUUCAGCAGCUACAUCAGGAUUUACUUUGGUAACACUUUAUUUGGUUGUAAAUCCAUAGACAUGCAGUUUCUAUGUUGCUCUAUGUAGAACAUCAAUAGAUGGGAUAUCCAAAUAAAGUUGUUUUAUUUUUAUUUGAUACCUAUUUGAGCGGUCAUUCAAAACAUAUUUUUGAGUUUUACACCAAUAUUUUUCAAAGUAGUCUUACCUGAUGAUUCUGUCCUUUCCUUUGUUGUGUGUCUAUACAGGGGCUCCCCUGACAAAGAUGGAGUAAGUAUGAGAAAGGUAGACUAUGGGGUAAACAAUCGAUGUGAUGUCAUUGAUACUCUUAUCCUCACUCUUCUUUGUUUGUUUACUUCACUGUCGUUUAAUGCAUCUCAUUUGUGAAUAGUGCUGUUGUUGUUGUUGUUGUUGUUUCAAGCUAUGGGUAUAUAAAAUGCUUGUUGUUAUGAGAGUUUCUCACUCACACGUUCCAUUAUCACAGAAAAAGACCAACGGGGCUCCAAAUGGCUAUUAUGGGGAGAUUGAUUGGGACCGAUAUGUAAGUACAUAUGUACAACACAGUGCAGUAAGUAAUCCCUCUAUAGUGUCAGUGAUUAGUAGUAAUACAAAGGGUUAGUGAAUAAGCAAUAACAGGUAGUGACCCCCUGGUUGUCAAAACUCAAACUCAUGACGUGACAAAUGAAUAGCAUCUAAUAACUAAUGAGUAGUGACUAAUAACUAAUAAAUAGUGACUAAUGACUAAUGAAUGGUGACUAAUGUCGAGUGACUAAUGAAUAGUGACUAAUGACUAAUGACUAAUAACUAAUGAAUAGUGACUACUGACUAAUAAAUAGUGACUAUUAACCAAUGAAUAGUGACUAAUGACUAAUGAAUAGUGACUAAUAACUAAUUAAUAGUGACUAAUAACGCAUGAAUAGUGACUAAUGACUAAUGAAUAGUGACUAAUGAAUAGUGACUAAUAACUAAUGAAUAGUGACUAAUAACUAAUGAAUAGUGACUAAUAAUUAAUGAAUAGAGACUAAUUAAUGAAUAGUGACUACUAACUAACUAAUAGUGACAUAACGACCAAUGAAUAGUGACAAGCGACUAAUGAAUGGUGACUAAUGACUAAUGAAUAGUGACUAGUGCCUAAUAAUUAAUAACUAAUGGCGUAACUAAUCACUAGUGACCAGUGACUAAUAGCUACUGACUAGUGACUAAUGACUAAUGGCGUAACUAAUGACGUGACUAAUACAAAUUUAGAAAAUAUAUAACAAUUUCAGAACCGCUGAUGCAAUAAUUUGCUUAUAAAGAUGUUUCAACCACAAUGGGGAAACCACAUUCUAAACGUUACUUCCCACAACCAGACGUCACUUCCGCUUCUGCUCCCUACGACUUUCCUGAUUAUGGCAAUCAAUCAUCCUCAUGUAACAUUGAAUUUGGAUUCAAAAUGUGAUCUCUUUUUUCAGAAUCGUACAUUAAGUUUGUGUGAGUCUUAACAAACAAGCAUCUUCAAACAUCUCCAUCUAUAAAAAACACAGGACUGCAGUUUUUGUGUGCAUUUCUUUAACCACAAGCAUGAGAGAAGUGAAUGUAUUUGUUGUUACACGACGUCACAAACAAUAAUUUUACCACUUACAUAUUUACUUCCUGUUACAGGCCACUCCAGACGUGGACGCUGAGGGCUUCAGUCUCAGACCCGGAGAGGAGAGAGAAAAUAUCCUUUUAGAUGAUCAGAUGUAGUCCAUGUGGAAUGGCUAGCUAGUUAGCGGUGCGCUAGUAGCGAGCAUAGUGUAGGUGACGUCACCUGCCCUGAGACCUAGAGAGGUACUGUUGUCCUGCCCUGAGACCUAGAGAGGUACUGUUGUGCUGCCCUGAGACCUAGAGAGGUACUGUUGUCCUGCCUGAGACCUAGAGAGGUACUGUUGUCCUGUCCUGAGACAUAGAGAGGUACUGUUGUCCUGUCCUGAGACAUAGAGAGGUACUGUUGUCCUGUCCUGAGACCUAGAGAGGUACUGUUGUUCUGUCCUGAGACCUAGAGAGGUACUGUUGUCCUGUCCUGAGACCUAGAGAGGUACUGUUGUGCUGCCCUGAGACCUAGAGAGGUACUGUUGUCCUGCCCUGAGACCUAGAGAGGUACUGUUGUCUGCCUGAGACCUAGAGAGGUACUGUUGUCCUGCCCUGAGACCUAGAGAGGUACUGUUGUCCUGCCCUGAGACCUAGAGAGGUACUGUUGUCCUGCCCUGAGACCUAGAGAGGUACUGUUGUCCUGCCCUGAGACCUAGAGAGGUACUGUUGUCCUGUCCUGAGACCUAGAGAGGUACUGUUGUCCUGCCCUGAGACCUAGAGAGGUACUGUUGUCCUGCCCUGAGACCUAGAGAGGUACUGUUGUCCUGCCCUGAGACCUAGAGAGGUACUGUUGUCCUGCCCUGAGACCUAGAGAGGUACUGUUGUCCUGUCCUGAGACAUAGAGAGGUACUGUUGUGCUGCCCUGAGACCUAGAGAGGUACUGUUGUCCUGCCCUGAGACCUAGAGAGGUACUGUUGUCCUGUCCUGAGACCUAGAGAGGUACUGUUGUGCUGCCCUGAGACCUAGAGAGGUACUGUUGUCCUGUCCUGAGACAUAGAGAGGUACUGUUGUGCUGCCCUGAGACCUAGAGAGGUACUGUUGUCCUGUCCUGAGACCUAGAGAGGUACUGUUGCCCUGGUCAGACACCUAGAGAAGUACUGUUGCCCUGGUCAGACACCUAGAGAGGUACUGUUUCCCUGGUCAGACACCUAGAGAGUACUGUUGCCCCUGGUCAACACCUAGAGAGGUACUGUUGCCUGGUCAGACACCUAGAGAGUACUGUUGCCUUGGUCAGACACCUAGAGAAGACUGUUUCCCUGGUCAGACACCUAGAGAGGUACUGUUGCCCUGGUCAGACACCUUGAGAGGUACUGUUUCCCCGGUCAGACACCUAGAGAAGUACUGUUGCCCCGGUCAGACACCUAGAGAAGUACUGUUGCCUUGGUCAGACACCUAGAGAAGUACUUUUGCCUUGGUCAGACACCUAGAGAAGACUGUUCCCUGGUCAGACACCUAGAGAGUACUGUUGUCCCGGUCAGACACCUAAGAAGUACUGUUGCCCUGGUCAGACACCUAGAAGACUUUGUUGCCUUGGUCAGACACCUAGAGAGGACUGUUUGCCCUGGUCAGACACCUGAGAGGUACUGUGUUGCCUUGCCCGGUCAGACACGUAGAGAAGUACUAUUUCCCUGGUCAGACACCUAGAGAAGUACUGUUGCCUUGGUCAGACACCUAGAGAAGUACUGUUGCCCUGGUCAGACACCUAGAGAAGUACUGUUGCCCUGGUCAGACACCUAGAGAGGUACUGUUGCCCUGGUCAGACACCUAGAGAAGUACUGUUGCCCUGGUCAGACACCUAGAGAAGUACUGUUGCCCUGGUCAGACACCUAGAGAAGUACUGUUUCCCUGGUCGACCACCUAGAGAGGUACUUGUUGCCCUGGUCAGACACCUAGAGGGAAACUGUUCACUUGGUCAGACACCUAGAGAGGUACUGUUGUCCCGGUCAGACACCUAGAGAGGUACUGUUGCCCUGGUCAGACACCUAGAGAAGUACUGUUGCCUUGGUCAGACACCUAGAGAAGUACUGUUGCCCUGGUCAGACACCUAGAGAAGUACUGUUUCCCUGGUCAGACACCUAGAGAGGUACUGUUGCCCUGGUCAGACACCUAGAGAGGAACUGUUACACUGGUCAGACACCUAGAGAGGUACUGUUGUCCCGGUCAGACACCUAGAGAGGUACUGUUUCCCUGGUCAGACACCUAGAGAAGUACUGUUGCCUUGGUCAGACACCUAGAGAAGUACUGUUGCCUUGGUCAGACACCUAGAGAAGUACUGUUUCCCUGGUCAGACACCUAGAGAGGUACUGUUGCCCUGGUCAGACACCUAGAGAAGUACUGUUGCCUUGGUCAGAAACCUAGAGAAGUACUGUUGCCCUGGUCAGACACCUAGAGAAGUAAUGUUUCCCUGGUCAGACACCGAGAGGUACUGUUGCCCUGGUCAGACACCUAGAGAAGUACUGUUGCCCUGGUCAGACACCUAGAGAAGUACUGUUGCCCUGGUCAGCAUUAUUGUGCUUCUUUUGGUGAUGAGUGUUAAUGUGUGCAGAGGGUCCCUGGUUCACGCCCAACUCAGGACAGACAGGGGUGGCAGCUAUGUUGUUACACAGGCAACAGUCUUGGUACACUGACUUCUAAGCUAUUGACCUGUUUAGCUAGCUGAGCGACACAUUGGCCCAGUGGAUCUCAAUGUUAAAUAGGCCAAAUCAAUCAGACACCCUCUCUAUCUCUCUCUAUCUUCAUGCUCUACAUGUGAGUGAACCUGACCUGCAGGACCAGAAGAGGGGCAGCAAGUGAAAACAGUCACAUUAGAGUGUUUCCCUUGCCUAUCUUUGUUGCAUCCAGCCUAGAACGUUUUUAAUACUAUUGGUUUCAAUUGAAAAUGUAGGUUUGUGUAACCCCUAGUCACUGGCCAAGGGUCAAAUCAGCAAUUGAGCCUGGUGACAAGGUAAGAGGUGAGGUAAUAUUCAGUGAGAUGUUCUAGCUUCAACAGUGAGAUAAAUAGUAACCGUUAGGAUUUGGGAUUGCAUAAUCUGAUCCUAGAUCAGGCAGAAGGUCUACUUCAGUUUCAGCAGGAGCAGUGUAGUUAGUAGGGUAAUCUGAUCCUAGAUCAGGCAGAAGGUACCCCUACACUACUCCUGUUGAAACUGCAGUAGACACCUAGAGAGGUACUGACGGUCAGACAUGUAAGCUUUUAUAUCGCCGCACCAUUUGUGCUCCAGAGACUAUGAGCUUUGCGUCUGAUAAAGUAUCCAUUUGUGUCUUUAGAACGGAUGUAUGCUAAUGCUAAUUAUAAAUGAGUUACCCGAACGAUAGGGGACGGACAAUCUUUACUCAUUUAUUUACUUAGAAAUGCUUGGGCUGCUCUUUUGUCUACCUCUGUGCUAGUAUUUCGUGACAGAUUUGGUUAUGGGUAAUCUCUCGUGGACAGACGUACAUAACAUAAAUGUAUCUGAUCCUAAUCAAGGUUACACAAGAUUUGGGAUCUGGGUUUACGAGAUGAGGUUAUUGGUGCCAAGAUUACCCCUGUGCACCUCUGUAAUUCAACCCUUGAUUUGUCUCUCUCCUUUGUGCUCAUUCUCUAUGUGCGCUAUAUUAUUUAAAGGCCCAGUGCAGUCAAAAAUGGGAUUUUCCUGUGUUUUAUAUACACUGCUCAAAAAAAUAAAGGGAACACUAAAAUAACACAUCCUAGAUCUGAAUGAAUGAAAUAAUCUUAUUAAAUACUUUUUUCUUUACAUAGUUGAAUGUGCUGACAACAAAAUCACACAAAAAUUAUCAAUGGAAAUCAAAUUGAUCAACCCAUGGAGGUCUGGAUUUGGAGUCACCCUCAAAAUUAAAGUGGAAAACCACACUACAGGCUGAUCCAACUUUGAUGUAAUGUCCUUAAAACAAGUCAAAAUGAGGCUCAGUAGUGUGUGUGGCCUCCACGUGCCUGUAUGACCUCCCUACAACGCCUGGGCAUGCUCUUGAUGAGGUGGCGGAUGGUCUCCUGAGGGAUCUCCUCCCAGACCUGGACUAAAGCAUCCACCAACUCCUGGACAGUCUGUGGUGCAACGUGGCGUUGGUGGAUGGAGCGAGACAUGAUGUCCCAGAUGUGCUCAAUUGGAUUCAGGUCUGGGGAACGGGCGGGCCAGUCCAUAGCAUCAAUGCCUUCCUCUUGCAGGAACUGCUGACACACUCUAGCCACAUGAGGUCUAGCAUUGUCUUGCAUUAGGAGGAACCCAGGGCCAACCGCACCAGCAUAUGGUCUCACAAGGGGUCUGAGGAUCUCAUCUCGGUACCUAAUGGCAGUCAGGCUACCUCUGGCGAGCACAUGGAGCGCUGUGCGGCCCCCCAAAGAAAUGCCACCCCACACCAUGACUGACCCACCGCCAAACCGGUCAUGCUGGAGGAUGUUGCAGGCAGCAGAACGUUCUCCACAGCGUCUCCAGACUCUGUCACGUCUGUCACAUGUGCUCAGUGUGAACCUGCUUUCAUCUGUGAAGAGCACAGGGCGCCAGUGGCGAAUUUGCCAAUCUUGGUGUUCUCUGGCAAAUGCCAAACAUCCUGCACGGUGUUGGGCUGUAAGCACAACCCCCACCUGUGGACGUCGGGCCCUCAUACCACCCUCAUGGAGUCUGUUUCUGACCGUUUGAGCAGACACAUGCACAUUUGUGGCCUGCUGGAGGUCAUUUUGCAGGGCUCUAGCAGUGCUCCUCUUGCUCCUCCUUGCACAAAGGCGGAGGUAGCGGUCCUGCUGCUGGGUUGUUGCCCUCCUACGGCCUCCUCCACGUCUCCUGAUGUACUGGCUUGUCUCCUGGUAGUGCCUCCAUGCUCUGGACACUACGCUGACAGACACAGCAAACCUUCUUGCCACAGCUCGCAUUGAUGUGCCAUCCUGGAUGAGCUGCACUACCUGAGCCACUUGUGUGGGUUGUAUGCUACCACUAGAGUGAAAGCACCGCCAGCAUUCAAAAGUGACCAAAACAUCAGCCAGGAAGCAUAGGAACUGAGAAGUGGUCUGUGGUCACCACCUGCAAAACCAGUCCUUUAUUGGGGGUGUCUUACUAAUUGCCUAUAUAAUUCCACCUGUUGUCUAUUCCAUUUGCACAACAGCAUGUGAAAUUUAUUGUCAAUCAGUGUUGCUUCCUAGGUGGACAGUUUGAUUUCACAGAAGUGUGAUUGACUUGGAGUUACAUUGUGUUGUUUAAGUGUUCCCUUUAUUUUUUUGAGCAGUGUAUAUUUCCACAUUAUGAGGUUGGAAUAAUACUGUGAAAUUGUGAAAGUGAUGAUAAUGCCCUUUUAGUGUAAGAGCUGUUUGAAAAGACCACCUGAAAUUUCAGACUGUUUUGGUGGGAUGGAGUUUUGGCCUUCCAUAGUGACAUCACCAUGUGGUAAAUUAGUUAAUAGACCAAUAAGAAAGAGAGUUACAAGCCUCUCUGCCAAUAACAGCUAGUUUUCAGUUCUCCCCUCCCCACUCCCAGACAGUCCUAGCUAAAUUAUUGCUUGAGAAAUUGCUCUUUGCUAAUAAGCUUCUUUUUUUUACAGUGAGUGUUUUCAAUUAAAAUGGUAAGGUACUUAAUUGUGACCCAGAAAUGAUUUGAUAUUGAGAUAAAAACGGCUGCGUUGUACUUUUAUGUCACCCUAUGUAAAAGAUGUUAACGCGUGUUCACCAGCUCCCAAAGGCAAGCAGCUCUUCAUCUCCACUACCUUAUUUAAUGUCACCCUACGUAAAAGAUAACUACAUUAUUUAAUGUCACCCUAUGUAAAAGAUAACUACAUUAUAUAAUGUCACCCUAUGUAACAUAUAUUGUUAUUUAAUAUCACCUUACAGAUGUAGGAUCUUAAUUUUAUCACUCUUUUGUUGCUGAGAAUUUUCAGGAAAUGCAAACUUGUAAGGUAUUCAAGGUUGAAAAAGGCUUCUAAAGUUUGUAAUUUCCACAUUAAAAUGACAGACUUGAUUUGCCCUAAUGAAAAAUGUAUCAACCCCUACAAAAAAUGUCCAUGAAUGAUAAUCCACAUAAUAAUUCACAUUUCCUGUUGCUGCAGGAUUAUUUUCCUGCUGUAGCAAACUGGCUCAAAUUAAGAUCCUACAUCUGUAUGUAAAAGAUCUUCUUACUUAAUGAGUGUUCACCAGCUCCCAAAGGCAAGCAGCACUUCUCCAGCGACUCGGAGGAUGAGGACGACAACAGGAAGUUCAAGAUCAAGAUCAAGCCGUUGCCCUCCGACACUGCCAAGUGUGCAGUUCCCUCCAUGGACGAACUGAAAGCUUCCGUAGGAGGUUUGGCUCUCUCUCCCUCUAUGGUGAGCCCUUGAUGUUCUAACUGGAUGGAACUGGAGUAUGGUGAAGUUGUCCCUAGAUGCUGAUUUUGGGUCAGUUUAGCAUUUUUCCCGCUAAUUGUUAAGUCUUGGAUUAGGGGAGGGAAAGCUGACCCUAGAACUGUACCUAGUGAAGUAGGUUAAAGUGCAAUGUCCCUGACCGGACUUGAACUUGGGUCAUUAUUACUAAGGGCCACGGCCUUAGCUGCUACUCCAAGAAAGCUAGCUCUCUCGGGUAUAUGAAGUAUUAAAUUAAUCGGUUUGAUGAAACUGAAGACGGCUACAGAUAAUUCUAGCCAGUGACAUGAUCUGGAAUGUACUGAACAUCUGAAUAUCUGUCCCUCCUCUCACUUCCUCCCCCUCUUUCCCUUACUCUCUCCAUCUCCCUCUCUCUCCCUCUCCCCCUACUCUCUCCCUCUCCCUCUCUCUCCCUCUCCCCCUACUCUCUCCAUCUCCCUCUCUCUCCAUCUCCCUCUCUCUCCAUCUCCCUCUCUCUCCAUCUCCCUCUCUCUCCUACAUCUGUUUCUCUUGUAGAGGAGAAGUCCGGUAAGUCAGUAAAAAAAAUAUUUAAAAAAAGUGUAUCUGUUUCAGUAUAUAGAAAAGGCAUGGCAUGAAUUCACUUGGCUGUGGAUUAUUUUCUCACUUGGAUUAUUUUUCCCAUGCUGUAGCAAAAAAAAAAACAGCGGGCAAAAUGUUACACUUUUUGUUGUUGUUGUUAUAAACAGAUUUUCUGUCAUAUCAUCAGAUUAGAACCAAACAAUCAUUGUUUUCACGACGACAUCAAGAAAGACAUCGUUUUGGUUGUUAUCUGGUCAGGUAUAGCCCAAUUACAACCAGAUGAAGAUGUAUUUUUCUGGUUGCUAAAAAGACGUUUACAAAACGUCCUUUUCACAACCAUAAUGAUGUCAGUGAUUGUCAUUACAACCAGUUUUGCCCGCUGGGAUAGGCUCUUCUAUUUGAGUUGUUUAGCUAUUCUAAUUCCUCCCUCUGCAUGUUAUGUAUGCUUUAUGUUACUAUGUUUUAUGUUACUUUAUGUUACAUUUUCACUGCAUGCCUUUAACACAUUUUAUUUUAGUUGAUAACUUUACUUGAAUCUCCCUUGACCAAAGCUAAAAAGAAAAACGAAUGCGACAGCCAGACAGCCACUCAGAAAGUAUAGACUACCGAUAGCUGUCCAUGGUGCUGAAAUUGCGACACGUUUAUGUGAAUCGAUUAUAGGCUUUCUGUGGUACCAGGGCAUGUAGCCUAUAGCUUUGCUUUAGCUAAUGGAUAAAUGUUUAUUGGUAAGCUUAUUUGAUCGUAAUUUUCUCAUGUUAAGCCAAACAUUUCACAAAGCUAUACACGGUGUCACAAGGCUGCCAUUUAGACAGGUGGCUCGCAGCAAAAAUGUAAUUACUUGAUCAGUAAUUAAAGUUGGAAAUUCAAACAUUGCAGAUUUAUAAAAUUAAUGUUCCAUACAACAGCAUACUAAUCAGCAACCAAUUGAUUUUAUAAAAUUAUACAACUGUCCUGUAUAGCUUACCUUACUUAACCUGCAUGACAUAAGCCCUGCUCGCACUCUCUCCCAGCUUGGAUAGAAAUUUGCUGUGUGUAAAACCAAAUAAUACAGUCAGUUCACCCUCAAAACACUAUCUUACUAUGUUUCAUUAAGCAGUGUAGCCUACUAGCUAUAGCUAUAUACAGUAUUUAACUGCUAUUUAUAAACUCUUUAUAAAAAUACACAUCAAAUAGCCUAAGAAUUAAGGAAAAAAGCAGUCGGCUUGAGGAUAAAUUUCGCUACUAUUGUUGAACUCAGCAGAUUUUGUCUGGCUAACAGCCUACACAAAUGGGCUGCAAUCAAGUUAAAUGAAAUGAAAUCCAAUUUGAGAGACUUCUCUGGUCUUCUGAAGUCCUCCUGGCUGCUUCUCUCUCUCUCUGUGUCUCUUUUCCUCUUUCUUUCUCUUAGAAGAACGUAUCUCUGUGUCUGUGCUUGUCUCUCUUUUUCUACGUAGAGGCCUACAGUAGCUACAGUAUGCGACUGCGUCCCCUUCCAUUUUUGUGUGCAAAUUUUUUCACCACGGCCUGUAGGUCCAGGUUGCUGGCCCGACUGUUUUCUAUACCGAGUAUUGACAACCCAGACAGUCUUUUCUGAGACAUUGUGCAUGAUAUGUCCAUUGCGCUGCACACAAUUUAAACUAAGUCUUGAAUGAUGCAUGCCAAGAUAUACCAGAGAUAAUGGACUGUUGAUAUUGCAAACACACAACUCAAACGCCGGUUCAACAGUAUGAACAAAAUCGCAAACCUCUUUUUUAGUUUGAGCCCCUAAAAACUGUGGUAAGUUAAAGAUUAUAAUCUGUUUGCAUCUGCCAAUGUAUUGGCUGUCCAGUAUCCAGACGACCUGUCCCCAGAGCUUCUUAUACAGUUCAUCUCUUUCCGGCAAUUAAGGAGAAUGAGAGGUUCAUGUAAAGGUGUUGCAGAACUGCUGUAUUUGAAUCACCACUCCCUUCUGUUUCCCUGCUGUUGCUAUGGCAAUCAAGCUGUUUUUAACCAUUCCUUUAACUGUCGCUUCUGCGGAGAGAUCGUUUUCUAAACUAAAACUCAUAAAGAACUACCUAAGAAGCAUUAGGCUCUCGGUCUGAUAUGCGCUUUUGAACACCUGAGUAAGCUCCCACUCAUUGCACUGUCACCUUCAUCGUCUUGACCACGGCAUUUGUUCACCAAUAUCCCCUUACUUUCAAUCAGUUCAAUUCUUUCAUUUUCAAGGCCUGAGGCACUUUGAUCAGUCACAUUGUUGAAGGACAAGAAACAAAUACUUAGCUUCCUAGUACAUAUGGAAAUGAAAAAGGUUGAGGUAAUGUAACCUACUAGGUGCUAUGUUGUAUUGACAAGCUGAGGUAACGUAACCUACCACGUGCUAUGUUGUAUUGACAAGCUGAGGUAACGUAACCUACCACGUGCUAUGUUGUAUUGACAAGCUGAGGUAACGUAACCUACCACGUGCUAUGUUGUAUUGACAAGCUGAGGUAACGUAACCUACCACGUGCUAUGUUGUAUUGACAAGCUGAGGUAACGUAACCUACCACGUGCUAUGUUGUAUUGACAAGCUGAGGUAACGUAACCUACCACGUGCUAUGUUGUAUUGACAAGCUGAGGUAACGUAACCUACCACGUGCUAUGUUGUAUUGACAAGCUGAGGUAACGUAACCUACCACGUGCUAUGUUGUAUUGACAAGCUGAGGUAACGUAACCUACCACGUGCUAUGUUGUAUUGACAAGCUGAGGUAACGUAACCUACCACGUGCUAUGUUGUAUUGACAAGCUGAGGUAACGUAACCUACCACGUGCUAUGUUGUAUUGACAAGCUGAGGUAACGUAACCUACCACGUGCUAUGUUGUAUUGACAAGCUGAGGUAACGUAACCUACCACGUGCUAUGUUGUAUUGACAAGCUGAGGUAACGUAACCUACCACGUGCUAUGUUGUAUUGACAAGCUGAGGUAACGUAACCUACCACGUGCUAUGUUGUAUUGCUGCGUUACUAUAUGUAGGCUUUAUUACACAGUGUUGAAGUAAAGGGGUGUUACAUUCUUUUCAGUUCUAUUUGACUGAUUUGUCACUCACUCUCUGACCAGGUCUCUUCUCUCUUCCUUUUUGCUGGUCUCAGAGACGCAGCCCGGUAAGUCGCCACCUGGUGGUUCAUUUUAAAAGUGUCUGCAUCCAAAUCACUUGCAGGGAAAUAAAUUAAUUAUGAAGAUUGUCUUUUGGAGUGCUGUCAAUUUAAUUCUUUAUACACCCAAACACUGCCUUUUCAUUUCAAUGCCUAUGACAUUUACCGAUGACCUCACAAAAUAUUGUAUUUGUUUCAGUUUUCAUAUAUACUUACAGUUAGUUUUUCACUCUAUUCUUUCACAUUAGCAAUUGUACAGGGAGACUAAUCCAGGACCUAUACUGUAAUUACUGGUUGAACUGUUUACAUUCAUGUUUUGUAUGUUAGGUUACGAUUCCUUUUUACUGGUAUACUGAAAAGUACUUUGUUUUCGUUGCAGGGCUCGAUAAAGAGACACCUGUCUUGUAAGUACAUUGUUUGUGGAAGUAGUGUAAUGCUAUCUGUAAUUUGUUUUACAGUCUGUCAAUGUCAACUGAAUACACAUACAGUACAGUAUCUUGUCAUAGUUCUACACCAUCAGUUACACUAGUUGUUUAAGGUUGGGAUGCAUACUGUAGUUUCAAUAGUUUGAGUUAAGAUGCACAUUCAGUGGCUGUCAGUAUAAAUAAUAUAUUAUAUUACAUUAUGAUAUAUAAUCUAAUAUCACUGGUAUCGGUUGUUAUUUCCAGGUGAGGAGAUCGCCAGACCCAGACGCUCCACCCCUACGCCAAGCCCCGCCCCCGAGACACAAAGGUCAAAACUGUGCUAAUGCUAAAUGUUCUGUUUGGGAAAACAAUUAAGCUGUUAAAUUCAAUUAAAUAACAAAGUACAAGUACAUCGCUGAAAUCUUGAUUAUCAGAGUUGUAAAAUUGUAUUUACAUAUCUUUGAUUUUACCAUCUCUUGCAGUGAGAGAGUAUCCCAAAAUCGCAGAGCAUCCCCAGCUUUCUUCAGGCCUCCUCCAGAGAUGACCUAUGACUAUGAGACACACAGAUAUGAUAGUAACAGAAAUGAUGGUAACUCUCACAAGAAUAGUCUUCCUGACUGCAUGUGUGUGUUUGUGUUGCAUGGGUUUUAGCUAUGUGUUAGUACAGACAGUGGUAUCUUGGUUGAUUGCUCCUAAUCACAAUAAUACUUUCUGUAGCUGUAUUAUCACCAGUGCUUGACUUGGACUGAAAUAGGUGCCAGUGCUCAUUUUGAGUGCCGGUAGUGCUUAUACAGUGCCCUCAGAAAGUAUUCAUACCCCUUGACUUAUUCCACAUUUCGUUGUGUUAAAGCCUGAAUUAAAAAUGGAUUAAAUAGAUUUUUUCUCUCUCACCCAUCUACACACAAUACCCCAUAAUGACAAAGUGAAAACAUGUUUUUAAAUUUAUUGAAAAGGAAAUACAGAAAUAUCUAAUUUACAUAAGUAUUCACACUCCUGAGUCAAUACAUGUUAGAAUCACCUUUGGCAGCGAUUACAGCUGAGUCUUUCUUGGUAAGUCUCUAAGAGCUUUGCACACCUGGAUUGUACAAUAUUUGCCCAUUAUUCUUUUCAAAAUUCUUCAAGCUCUGUCAAAGUGGUUGUUGAUCAUUGCUAGACAACCAUUUUCAUGUCUUGCCAUAGAUUUUCAAGCAGAUUUAAGUCAAAACUGUAACUCGGCCACUCAGGAACUUUGUGACGAUUCUGUGCAACUUCCGGUGUGUGUUUACUGUGAACACUGAGGCUGUUUACUGUGAACACUGAGGCUGUUUACUGUGAACACUGAGGCUGUACCCACUUUAAGUUAGUUUUAACAGUGGUCAAGUAGGCUACUGUGGCUAUUUGAUCAUAAUGUAUGCCUACCAGAGUGGCCUACCAUCAAAAACAAUGGAGAAAAUGUAUCCCAUAACAUUUUAACAUGGAAAUAGCUGUUCUAUCAUUCAGCCUACAGUAGCAGCCAAUGUGUGGUGUUCAAUGUAGCCUACAUUCCAUGAGACUUUGGGGGGAAAAAACAUGCAGGGCUUGACAUUAACAGGGCUUGACAUCUUUCAGACAAGGAGGUGACUGAAAAUGUUGUUGUGUUGUUUGAUGCAAGAAACUACUUUACAAAAUAAAAUGCAUUAUUAUUCCCAUACCAUUAUUACAGAGAAUCAGACAAAUUAUGCUACCCUCUGCCUAUUGGCUACUUAGCUUAUUCAAGCCUGUCUCAAAAUACAACACUGCCCCUUUAAGACCCCCAAAAAAGCUCCUUACCUGACUCGCUUUUCAAAGAUGUCUAGAAAUGUACACGUUUUGUGCUCUUGUAGGUAGCAAUCACUCCCCUAUUGCUGACUACAAAUGAUCUAUAACUGGGCUAAUAACUCACUAACUAGAAAAGGAUAUGAACAAAAUGUGCACAGGUGGCUACAUGCAGCUCUCGCUUUGAUCUCAAAACAAGCGCAUCUACUCACGACCGCUCAUGCUGUAAACACAGUCCAGUUCAAAGUAAAUGGCACAGAUCCAUAUAUGGCAGUGGUCUAUUUGCAAAUAGGCCUACUGCAGCUCUGAUUGUUUGUGCCACACCGGUCUGUGCGGAGUACGGGCUGAGUCGUGCAUGUCAAGGCAAUAGAAUCCUACUCCGAUGUGUUCUGCCUACAACAAAAUCUCUUGCAUAGUUCGUUUUGUUUCAGUAUGUUGCAUUGAAAGUGGCUAAUAUUGCGUUGAUUAGAUCACAAUUGCCACAGUAAAGGGAAACGUUGAUAGUGUUAACAGGGAAAACUCUAGAACAGUGGUCACCAACCUUUUCUGAGUUAAGAUCACUUUGAGUCAAAAUGCAAGCCGAGAUCUACCGCUCAGAUUUUUUUAAAACAUUGCUUUCAAAAAUGUAACCUAUGCAACAUUAACCAAUUAAAAACAGUACUGUAGCAAUGAGGUUUGUGCAGUAAGCUAUAGGCCUAAUGAAUUAUCACCGCAUAUUGGCUUUGCUUCAAUUGCCCUGCCAAUGCAUUGUUGUUCGGGCUAUUUACAUUUUUUUGAGGUAGGCUAUAUAAUCCCACCGGUAAUAGAUCUGUUUUUGUAUUACUUGUGAAGCACAGCUGAGUGAGCAUACAUUUAAAUAAUUAGCUUAUUUAUUUCUAUUUUACUGGGCUGAUGGUGCCUGUAUCUGAUGGUCAGUCUAUUUUACUGGGCUGAUGGUGCCUGCAUCUGAUGGUCAGUCUAUUUUACUGGGCUGAUGGUGCCUGUAUCUGAUGGUCAGUCUAUUUUACUGGGCUGAUGGUGCCUGUAUCUGAUGGUCAGUCUAUUUUACUGGGCUGAUGGUGUCUGCAUCUGAUGGUCAGUCUAUUUUACUGGGCUGAUGGUGCCUGUAUCUGAUGGUCAGUCUCAGCGGAGGGAGAGAGCAGCAGACUGAGGGUCCGCCUCUCAACAUCCCUCCACUCUCCCUUUCCUCCACUGACACGGACCAAAAAGGGACACCGUCUUCCAGCUGAUGGCGAAACUCGAGUCGCACCGCAUUAUUUCUGCCUCGUGCACAAAUUCAUGUUGUUACUCCUAUGAACAGAGAAAGUGAUCAAUAUUCCUUGAUAUUACAAAAGACCCAAGCUGCUAAUAACAACAACAACAACGCAAGCCUAUAGAUACACUUUCCUACUCAUUCAUUACUGCUGCAGUGCUUGUUGUAGCGCUGAGUGGCAAUAGGAAGAACGUGCAUUUUAUGGCUUAUAAAAGUGUUGAAUACAAAGUGUUGACAGUGCUGAGUAAGAACUUAAACAUGAACUCACUCAAAAAAACAGCAGCUCUUUGCUGUAUUUGUUGACAGUCUCUCUAGUCAUGGUUUUAAACGUUUUGAAAUCUCACAGUAUCAACUUUGCUGUAGCUUUAUUUUAUGCCGGCUACUUUACUGCAGACACGGUAAUCUGAGCCAUCCGAUUGGCCAGCGGUAGGCCUAUAGUGUGCUUGAUUUGCUCUCUGGGCCCGCCGGGAAGGCAGAGUUUGUACCUUCAGACACAUGAAAUGGUUCAAAAUGGAAACAGUUUGCCUACCCGGCACGCAGGGCAGCUGAAUCUGGUGUUUUUUAUUGUUUCUUUUUACAUAAAUGUUUGGCGAUCGACUAGGAAUGUCUUGGAGAUCGACCAGUUCAUCGUGAUCGACCAGUUGGUGACCACUGCUCUAGAAAGUUGAGUGACGUUCAAUCUCAUGCUUCUCUCUGUGGGCUGAUAUUUCUGCGAGGCAGUCCUGGGGAGCUUUCUGCGAGGCAGUCCUGGGGAGCUUUCUGCGAGGCAGUCCUGGGGAGCUGCACAGCAAUCUUGGGGCUACUGCGCACGCACAUCUUAGAGGGAACAUUGGUACUCAGUAAUGUGUUGUAUUGGAUUAACCCCAAACAUAACAUUUUGUAUUCAGGACAAAAAGUGAAUUGCUUUGCCACAUUUUUUUGCAGUAUUUCUUUAGUGCCUUAUUGCAAAUAGGAUGCAUGUCUUGGAAUAUUUGUAUUCUGUACAGGCUUCCUUCUUUUCACUCUGUCAAUUAGGUUAGUAUUGUGGAGUAACUACAAUGUUGUUGAUCAUUAUCAGUUUUCUCCUAUCACAGCAAUGUAACUGUUUUAAAGUGACCAUUGGCCUCAUGGUGAAAUCCCUGAGCGGUUUCCUUCCUCUCCGGCAACUGAGUUAGGAAGGAAGCCUAUAUCUUUGUAGUGACUGGGUGUAUUGAUACACCAUCCAUGCUCAAAGGGAUAUUCAAUGUCUGCUUUUUUGAACCAAUAGGUGCCCUUCUUUGCAUGGCAAUGGAAAACUUCCCUGGUCUUUGUGGUUUAAUCUGUGUUUGAAAUUCAUAAAAAAAUCAUGUUAAACACUAUUAUUGCACAUCGAGGGAAUCCAUGCAACUUAUUGUGACUUGUUAAGUACAUUUUUACUCCUGAACAUGCCAUAACAAAGGGGUUGAAUACUUAUUGACUCAAGACAUUUCAGAUUUUCAUUUUUUUAUUAAUUUGUAAAAAAAAAAAUGAAAAACAUAAUUCCACUUUGACAUCAUGUUGUAUUGUGUGUAGUAGGCCAGUGGCAAAAAAUAAAUCACAAUUUAAUACAUUUCAAUUUCAGGCUGUAACACAACAAAAUGUGGAAAAAGCCAAUGGAUGUGAUUACUUUCUGAAGGCACUGUACUUAGGUUCAGGAACUCCACAAUACUUUUGAGCUACUCUAUAAGAGGUGCAAGAACUCAAGCAGUGAAGACCUCAGUAUACAGAUAUGAAUAUAUGAUACAGUAUAUUAUGAUGAUAUACUGUAUAUAAUCUAAUAUCACUGGUAUCGGGUUGUUCUUCCAGGUGAGGAGAUCGCCAGACCCAGACGCUCCACCCCUACACCAAGACCCGCCCCCGAGACACAAAGGUCAGAGUUCAAAACUGUGCUAAUGCUGACACAGCAAACAUGCUACCAUAUUUGCUAUGUACUGUGUUGAUAGAAUUUGUGUUGGGUCUGCUAAAUGUUCUGUUUGGGAAAACAAUUAAGCUGUUAAAUUCAAUUAAAUAACAAAGUACAAGUACAUCGCUGAGAUCUUGAUUAUCAGAGUUGUAAAAUCGCAUUUACAUAUCUUGAAUUUACCAUCUCUUGCAGUGAGAGAGUAUCCCAGAAUCGCAGAGCAUCCCCAGCUUUCUUCGGGCCUCCUCCAGAGACGACCUAUGAGACACACAGAUAUGAUAGUAACAGAAAUGAUGGUAACUCUCACAAGAAUAGUCUUUCUGACUGAAUGUAUAUUUGUGUGUCUUUGUGUUUUUACAUAAUGGGAUCUAAAUGUGUGUCAAUUGUUUGUUAGGUUUGUGCAUCAUAUCCCACUGAGGUGUGAUAAGCCAUUUUUAUAUCCUGUCUUUGUCUAUCAUAGUAGUCUGUAUAGAGGCUGAUGCAUGGAGUGACUCCAGACCAUACUCUGUAUCCCCUUUGACCAGACACUUUCCCACAGGAGGUAAGCCCCCACUAUAUCAUUUAUAUCAGUCAUGAUUGUGCUAUUAUAUUAUUAUAAUAGAACAAGCAUGGCAUUUGCUAACACAGCCGCGGGCCACAUUGAAAUCAGCUUGUUGUCCGCAUAUGGCUUGCAGGCCGCCAGUUUGAGACCAAUGUUGUAGCCAUUGAUUCUUGAAGAAUAUAACUUAUAAAUGCCUCAUGAGCUUUAGUUCAACUGUCGUACCACAUCAGAACCCAAAAUAUAAGCUUGUUUUACUCCAGUGUUUAUAAAACAAAGUAAAUGUAAACAAACAAUGUAAAGCCUCAAAACAUGGUUAGAACUAUAAUGUUGAUAUCAUGGAUGGUCAGUCCUUACAUCCAUAACUCUGUCUAUGAAUUUGAGAGUGGUUACAUUUCUCCAGCCCCAUCCUCCCGCUUUUUACCAAAACAGUGGAGUGGAGGAACACUUUGUUAUUGUUUCAACAGCUGAUUGCCGCUUUAAGUAAGUCUACAGACUGACCUAGUGUCACACCCUUUAGUGCCUUAGUACCGUAGACUAACUGGUGUACAAAAUGCAAGUCGUUUGACCAAGUGUCACUCUCUUUGUAGCUCCUCCUCCACUUCCUCCCAAGAACAUCCCAGCAGCUAGUCAAGGCUAUUCUUCGUCUGAUUCUUCCGGUAAUAUUAUUUUGCUAGUGACCAUAAUUCCCAUAUGGAAGCAGAUUCAUGCCAAAACUUCAAUGGUUUUAUUUGUUUUCGUUUUGGCAUGAAUCAGCGUCCAUAUUCCCAUGCCUCGUGCACACUUGUCAUUGUUCUUUGGACAGCAUUGAUAGAAGUGAACUCAGGAAGAUCUCUGAAGUUUUUUUUCCCCCACAGCUGAUUUACCCAAUGGGAGAAUAGUCUCAAGCCCCGCCCCCAUCUACCUGAAUGUCCAAUCCCCAGCCUCAUACAGAGGUUCCCCGGUGCCUGACCUGGACGAUGUGUUUGGCCCCAUGGAAUCCUCCCGGACCAAUGAGGGCAGGGCCUCGCCCCGAUGGGUCAGCUUCAACAGUGAGAGACCGCCCCCACCGGACGAACCGGCCCCGCCUCCACCCCCUGCCUAUCCUCCUCCUGACUCGCCCAACUCCCUCUCCUCUGCCCUAGACUCCCCCUGCCUCUCGCCGGGCCCCCCUCCGGAUGAGCCUCCCCCCUCCCCACCGCCCUUCUCCUCUCCACCCGACUCGCCCAUCUCCAUCAUCUCCAUUCCCCCUCCAGACGAACCCGUUCCCCCCCUGCCUCCCGACUUCUCGCCCCCGGACUCCCCGCCAUGCAUCGCCAUCAAUCCUAGUCUGUUUUUGGAUGAUGAUGAGAUACUGGAGUACUCCGCAGCUCCCUCUGCCCCUGCUGCCCCACUGGAGUACUCCCCUGCCCCUACCAGUCCCAUCCCUCCCCCCCUGCCUGCGGAGCGCUCCCCUCGGGCAGGCGUCCCUUCCCCUCUGGUGUUCCUCAGGGAGGAGCAGCCUGACUUUAUGGCCUGGCCCCUGGGACUGACCCCGGGCUUCAGGGGCACGCUGUCCCCACCCCUCCCCCCGCACACCUACAGGCCCAUGGUGUCCUCCCCCGGACCCUUCCCAGGCAGUGGUGAGUACCACUGUAGGAAAACAUAGAAAUACAAUGGGUAGAUUACCAGUCUUGGAAAACAUAGAAAUAUAAUGGGUAGAUUACCACUCUUGGAAAACAUAGAAAUACAAUGGGUAGAUUACCACUCUUGGAAAACAUAGAAAUAUAAUGGGUAGAUUACCACGCUAGGAAAACAUAGAAAUAUAAUGGGUAGAUUACCACGCUAGGAAAACAUAGAAAUACCGGGGCGGCAGGUAGCUUAGUGGGUAAGAGCGUUGUGCCAGUAACCGAAAGGUCGCUGGUUCUAAUCCCCGAGCCGACUAGGUGAAAAAUCUGUCGAUGUGCCCUUGAGCAAGGCAUUUAACCCUAAUUGCUUCUGUAAGUCGCUCUGGAUAAGAGCGUCUGCUAAAUGACUAAAAUGUAAAUGUAAAUAAUGGGUAGAUUACCACGCUAGGAAAACAUAGAAAUAUAAUGGGUAGAUUACCACGCUAGGAAAACAUAGAAAUAUAAUGGGUAGAUUACCACGCUAGGAAAACAUAGAAAUAUAAUGGGUAGAUUACCACUCUAGGAAAACAUAGAAAUACAAUACAAGUAGAAUGGGUAACCCGAUCAUCGUGAAAAUGUAAUUAGUUGACAUCACUCUAUUACUACAAUUGCUAUGGGAUCUAGAUAGUGCUGGUCAUAAGCUUAGUAUGUCCUCAUGUCACAUGCCUCCCUUUUCCCUUUACAGGCCCCUCCUCUCCACCUCGUCCUGCCACGCCCCUGUCAGGAGGUAGUCCAAUCCCUCCCCCUCUUCCUACAAGGCCCUCCUCUCGACCCAAACUGCCCCCUGGGAAACCAAUAGGAGACCUGGUAUGGCACACUUAGACUUGUAAUAGAUACUAUUAGAAUGUUAGACUUGUGAUAGAUACUAUUAGAAUGUGUUAGACUUGUAAUAUACUAUUAGAAUGGUUAGACUUGUGAUAGAUACUAUUAGAAGUGUUAGACUUGUGAUAGAUACUAUUAGAAUGUUAGACUUGUGAUAGAUACUAUUAGAAUGUUAGACUUGUAAUAGAUACUAUUAGAAUGUGUUAGACUUGUAAUAGAUAAUAUUAGAAUGUGUUAGACUUGUGAUAGAUACUAUUAGAAUGUGUUAGACUUGUAAUAGAUACUAUUAGAAUGUUAGACUUGUGAUAUAUACUAUUAGAAUGUGUUAGACUUGUGAUAGAUACUAUUAGAAUGUUAGACUUGUGAUAGAUACUAUUAGAAUGUGUUAGACUUGUGAUAGAUACUAUUAGAAUGUUAGACUUGUAAUAGAUACUAUUAGAAUGUUAGACUUGUAAUAGAUACUAUUAGAAUGUGUUAGACUUGUGAUAGAUACUAUUAGAAUGUGUUAGACUUGUAAUAGAUACUAUUAGAAUGUUAGACUUGUAAUAGAUACUAUUAGAAUGCUAGACUUGUAAUAGAUACUAUUAGAAUGUUAGACUUGUAAUAGAUACUAUUAGAAUGUGUUAGACUUGUGAUAGAUACUAUUAGAAUGUUAGACUUGUAAUAGAUACUAUUAGAAUGUUAGACUUGUGAUAGAUACUAUUAGAAUGUGUUAGACUUGUGAUAUACUAUUAGAAUGGUUAGACUUGUGAUAGUACUAUUAGAAGUGUUAGAUUGUUAGAGACUAUUGAAUGUGACUUGUAUGAUACUAUUAGAAUUUAUAGACUUGUAAUAGAUACUAUUAGAAUGUGUUAGACUGUGAUAGAUACUGGAUAGAAUGGUUAGACUUGUAAUAGAUACUAUUAGAAUUAGAUUGUGAUAGAUACUAUUAGAAUGCUAGACUUGUGAUAGAUACUAUUAGAAUGUUAGACUUGUGAUAGAUACUAUUAGAAUGUGUUAGACUUGUAAUAUAUACUAUUAGAAUGCUAGACUUGUGAUAGAUACUAUUAGAAUGUUAGACUUGUGAUAGAUACUAUUAGAAUGUGUUAGACUUGUGAUAGAUACUAUUAGAAUGUUAGACUUGUAAUAGAUACUAUUACAAUGUGUUAGACUUGUAAUAGAUACUAUUAGAAUGUUAGACUUGUGAUAGAUACUAUUAGAAUGUGUUAGACUUGUGAUAGAUACUAUUAGAAUGUUAGACUUGUGAUAUAUUACUAUUAGAAUGCUUAGACUUGUGAUAGAUACUAUUAGAAUGUUAGACUUGUGAUAGAUACUAUUAGAAUGUUUAGACUUGUGAUAGAUACUAUUAGAAUGUGUAGACUUGUAAUGAUAAUGAUACUAAAUUAGAAUGUUAGACUUGUGAUAGAUACUAUAGAAUGUGUUAGACUUGUAAUAGAUACUAUUAGAAUGUUAGACUUGUAAUAGAUACUAUUAGAAUGUUAGACUUGUGAUAGAUACUAUUAGAAGUGUUAGACUUGUAUAGAUACUAUUAGAAUGUUAGACUUGUGAUAGAUACUAUUAGAAUGUUAGACUUGUGAUAGAUACUAUUAGAAUGUUAGACUUGUGAUAGAUACUAUUACAAUGUGUUAGACUUGUGAUAGAUACUAUUAGAAUUGUUAGACUUGUAUAGAUACUAUUAGAAUGUGUUAGACUUGUGAUAGAUACUAUUAGAAUGUGUUAGACUUGUAUAGAUACUAUUAGAAUGUUAGACUUGUGAUAGAUACUAUUAGAAUGUGUUAGACUUUAUAGAUACUAUUAGAAGUUUAGAUUGAUAGAUACUAUACAAUGGUUAGACUUGUGAUAGAUAUAUUGAAUGUUAGACUGUAAUAGAUACUAUAGAAUGUUUAGACUUGUGAUAGAUACUAUUAGAAUGUGUUAGACUUGUGAAAAGAUACUAUUAGAAUGUUAGACUUGUGAUAGACUUGAAUUAGUUUUUAAUGAUACUAUUAGAAUCUAAUAAUGUUAGACUUGUGAUAGAUACUAUUAGAAUGUGUUAGACUUGUGAUAGAUACUAUUAGAAUGUGUUAGACUUGUGAUAGAUACUAUUAGAAUGUGUUAGACUUGUAAUAGAUACUAUUAGAAUGUUAGACUGUAUAGAUACUAUUAGAAUGGUUAGACUUGUAAUAGAUACUAUUAGAAUGUGUUAGACUUGUAAAUAGAUACUAUUAGAAUGUGUUAGACUUGUGAUAGAUACUAUUAGAAUGUUAGACUUGUAAUGAGAUACUAUUAGAAUGCUUAGACUUGUAUAGAUACUAUUAGAAUGUGUUAGACUUGUAAGAUAUAUUAGAAUGUGUUAGCUGUGAUAGAUACUAUUAGAAUGUUAGACUUGUAAUAGAUACUAUUAGAAUGUUAGACUUGUGAUAGAUACUAUUAGAAUGUGUUAGACUUGUAAUAUAUACUAUUAGAAUGCUAGACUUGUGAUAGAUACUAUUAGAAUGUUAGACUUGUGAUAGAUACUAUUAGAAUGUGUUAGACUUGUAAUAGAUACUAUUAGAAUGCUAGACUUGUGAUAGAUACUAUUAGAAUGUUAGACUUGUAUAGAUACUAUUAGAAUGUGUUAGACUUGUGAUAGAUACUAUUAGAAUGUUUAGACUUGUAAUAGAUACUAUUAGAAUGUGUUAGACUUGUGAUAGAUACUAUUAGAAUUGUUAGACUUGUGAUAGAUACUAUUAGAAUGUGUUAGACUUGUGAUAGAUACUAUUAGAAUGUUAGACUUGUGAUAUAUACUAUUAGAAUGUGUUAGACUUGUGAUAGAUACUAUUAGAAUGUGUUAGACUUGUAAUAGAGACUAUUAGAAUGUUAGACUUGUGAUAGAUACUAUUAGAAUGUGUUAGACUUGUGAUAGAUACUAUUAGAAUGUUAGACUUGUGAUAGAUACUAUUAGAAUGUGUUAGACUUGUAAUAGAUACUAUUAGAAUGUUAGACUUGUGAUAUAUAUUAGAAUGUGUUAGACUUGUGAUAGAUACGAUUAGAAUGGGUUUAGACUGGUAUAGAUACUAUUAGAAUGGUUAGACUUUGUGUAUAUACUAUUAGGAAUGUGUUAGGACUUGUGAUUAGAUACUAUUAGAAGGUUAGACUUGUGAUAGAUACCUAUUGACAAUGUGUUAGAACUUGUGAUUAGAUACUAUUAGAAUGUUAGACUUGUAGUAGAUUACUGUUAGAAUGGGUUGUUAGACUGUAAGUAAUACGAUUGAGAAUGUGUUAGACUUGUGGAUAGAUACUAUUAGAUGUGUUUAGACUUGUAAUAGAUACUAUUAGAAUGUUAGACUUGUAAUAGAUACUAUUAGGAUGCUAGACGUGUAAUAGAUUACUAUUAGAAUGUAGGUUGUAAUAGAUACUAUUAGGAAAUGUGUUAGACUUGUGAUAGAUACUAUUAGAAGGUUAGACUUGUAAUAGAUACUAUCAGAAUGUUAGACUUGUGAUAGAGACUACGAUUAGAAGGUGUUAGACUUGUAUCAUAUACUAUUAGAAUGCUAGACUUGUGAUAGAUACUAUUAGAAUGUUAGACUUGUGAUAGAUACUAUUAGAAUGUGUUAGACUUGUGAUAGAUACUAUUAGAAUGUUAGACUUGUAAUAGAUACUAUUACAAUGUGUUAGACUUGUAAUAGAUACUACUAGAAUGUUAGACUUUUGAUAGAUACUAUUAGAAUGUGUUAGACUUGUGAUAGAUACUAUUAGAAUGUUAGACUUGUGAUAUAUACUAUUAGAAUGUGUUAGACUUGUGAUAGAUACUAUUAGAAUGUGUUAGACUUGUGAUAGAUACUAGUAGAAUGUGUUAGACUUGUAAUAGAUACUAUUAGAAUGUUAGACUUGUGAUAGAUACUAUUAGAAUGUGUUAGACUUGUGAUAGAUACUAUUAGAAUGUGUUAGACUUGUGAUAGAUACUAUUAGAAUGUGUUAGACUUGUAAUAUAUACUAUUAGAAUGCUAGACUUGUGAUAGAUACUAUUAGAAUGUUAGACUUGUGAUAGAUACUAUUACAAUGUGUUAGACUUGUGAUAGAUAAUAUAGAUAAUAUGUGAUAGAUAAUAAUGUAAUGUAAUGUAAUGUAAUAUUAGAAUGUUAGACUUGUAAUAGAUACUAUUAGAAUAUUAGACUUUCGAUAGAUACUAUUAGAAUGUUAGACUUGUUAUAGAUACUAUUAGAAUGUUAGACUUGUGAUAGAUACUAUUAGAAUGUGUUAGACUUGUGAUAGAUACUAUUAGAAUGUGUUAGACUUGUGAUAGAUACUAUUAGAAUGUGUUAGACUUGUGAUAGAUACUAUUAGAAUGUGUUAGACUUGUGAUAGAUACUAUUAGAAUGUUAGACUUGUGAUAGAUACUAUUAGAAUGUUAGACUUGUGAUAGAUACUAUUAGAAUGUGUUAGACUUGUGAUAGAUACUAUUAGAAUGUUAGACUUGUGAUAGAUACUAUUACAAUGUGUUAGACUUGUGAUAGAUACUAUUAGAAUGUUAGACUUGUAAUAGAUACUAUUAGAAUGUGUUAAACUUGUGAUAGAUACUAUUAGAAUGUGUUAGACUUGUAAAAUAUACUAUUAGAAUGUUAGACUUGUGAUAGACUUGCGACUUAUUUGUUUUUCUUCAACUGAUUUCCACUAAGUUUGAGAUACUGCUAACCUAACUGCGGUUGCUCUGCUAAUAUUACAUUAGAAUGUGUUAGACUUGUGAUAGAUACUAUUAGAAUGUGUUAGACUUGUGAUAGAUACUAUUAGAAUGUGUUAGACUUGUAAUAGAUACUAUUAGAAUGUUAGACUUGUGAUAGAUACUAUUAGAAUGUGUUAGACUUGUAAUAGAUACUAUUAGAAUGUUAGACUUGUGAUAGAUACUAUUAGAAUGUGUUAGACUUGUGAUAGAUACUAUUAGAAUGUUAGACUUGUGAUAGAUACUAUUAGAAUGUGUUAGACUUGUGAUAGAUACUAUUAGAAUGUGUUAGACUUGUGAUAGAUACUAUUAGAAUGUGUUAGACUUGUGAUAGAUACUAUUAGAAUGUGUUAGACUUGUGAUAGAUACUAUUAGAAUGUUAGACUUGUGAUAGAUACUAUUAGAAUGUGUUAGACUUGUGAUAGAUACUAUUAGAAUGUGUUAGACUUGUGAUAGACUUGCGACUUAUUUGUUUUUCUUCAACUGAUUUCCACUAAGUUUGAGAUACUGCUAACCUAACUGCGGUUGCUCUGCUAACAUUACAUUGUGUUGUAAAAAUGUUUGGUACAGCAACAUGCUACUGAUAUUCUCCCACCCCACCUCCCCCAGGCUCGGCCUUUCAGCCCCCCAGUCUCCGGCAGCCCCCCUCCCUUUGCCCCCCUGGCCCGAGCCGAGAGUUCCUCCUCCAUCUCCUCCAUCACCUUGCUGAGCGCAGCCUCCACCCCCACCAUGGGGAGAGAGCUCAACAUAUCCACCACAGGUACUACCAUCCUCCAUAACACCUCAUUCACCACUGUAUGCCUCUGGUGUUAACACAUUCGGUGUUCAUCAUAAUGAACUGUUCAUUAUUUUGUCAUUUUGAAAGUGGAGGUAUGCUCACAUUUGAAGCAUAAAAUAUGACUUUUGUGAAACCAUAAUGGGACAAACUGGUGAAAUACUGUUGAUAGAGUGAUGAAUACCUUCCUCGUCAUCUUCACUCUCCUAAACACACAAUGAUCUACACCUCCCAUGCUCCAAUCAGACUCCACCAGACAGCACACUUUCUUUCUAUCCAUCCAUCAUGCUCCAUCUGUCUUGUGAUGGGGGUUACACCUCCAGGAAGUCAUCCACCUCUCCUCUCCUCUUCUCUUCCUCUGCUCCUGCCUGCCUCUCAUCCCCCUCUCCCUCCCUCCAUGUCCUCUACCCCACCCACAUGAACAGAGGAAAAACAGCCAACCAUGGUAUGGUUUGACCAUGGCCGCUUUUAUUUGUCUUUUGGAGGUGAGUCGUACCGGGGUCAUAUUCAUUAGGUCACACUGCGGAAAUAAACGUUCUGCAGCGGAAAAGGAAAACUAGCAUUUCUUAUUGGAUAAGUUCAGGUAGUCCUUUUCAGUCCGUUUGGCGCCUAAUGAAUAUGACUCCGUACCAGUGCAUGGAGGCUACCGUACUGUACUGCACUACCCUGGCUGUCCAUGUUUCUCUGGUCUCGUCAAGCGUUAUUUUAUCGCUUUCUAUGAUCUGUCCAAUCUUCUAUCUUGCUAUUUCUACGCUCUUCCCCUCUCUCUCCCUUACGCAUGUCUGCUCAUUUGACCACAUGUCUGUAGGCCGUUACACACACAGGAAGUGAUAUAGCUACUGAGAUUAGUGCCUUUCUGUGGUGAUCAACUGUGUGUGUUGUGUGUGUGUUGUGUGUGUGUGUCGUGUGUCGUGUGUGUCGUGUGUGUGUGUGUGUGUGAGUCGUGUGUGUAUGCGUGUGUGUGUCAGGAUGCUCCAGAGGACCCAGCCCACUGACCAUGGGAGGCCAGGACACUCUGCCUGUGGCGGCUGCCUUCACCGAGACCAUCAACGCCUACUUCAAAGGAGCCGACCCCAGCAAGUAAGGCUAGCAUUCCUAUCAAUGCUAGGCUAUUCCUCUCAAUGCUAGGCUAAUGCUAACACAAGUAGCAAUAUUGAUACUGAUAUGAAUAACAACAUUGAUGUCGAAUUUAUAUCAAAGUUAAUACUGAUGUGAAUGCAAAUUCAUGACAACGUGAUGUUUCAGCCGGCAAAGCGACCCUCAUCAGAGUAUAUGCAACAAGUAAGAUGGCUAUGAUAUUGUUGAUAUAUAUAUAUCAUAUUGCAACUACUGUAUGACUAUUUCAUUUCAAUUUCAAACUGUAAUGUCUCCUUUUGUUGUCCCCAUAGGGAAAUGCAUUGUGCCUAGGCUAUAUAUUGUUCUGAAAACUGAGAAUGUGGCUAUUUCUGUGUGAAAUGUAGUUUGUUUGUGGCACCCCUAUGGAUUCUGGGUACUGUAGUUUCCUCUUUUUGACUGACCCAUUUUUGAGCACUGAGCUGGCUCUGUUCUCCAUGAUCUAGGUGUGUGGUGAAAAUCACUGGGGAGAUGGUGCUGUCUUUCCCAGCAGGCAUCACCAGGCACUUUGCCAGCCACCCGUCUGCCCCCGUACUCACCUUCAGCAUCAGCAACUACUGCCAGCUAGAGCAGGUCCUCCCCAACCCACAUCUACUGUGCUGGUAAGGCUUAUUAUACAGUACACUGACUCAAUAUUGUGUUUUGGGGCAAGGAAUUCAUAUUUUUUUAUUUUGGGGGAAUGUUCCAAACGAUGGGCUCUUGGUGGAUGCCCCUAAUCGUAGUAGACAGUCACAGGACCAAUAGUAACAUGUUUUUUAAUCCUUAUAUUUGAACAAUAAGGCAGAAGAGCCUGUGCUUUAUCAUGAAUGUAGUCACAGGAAAAUGGUGUUGUUCAGCCUGACACACUGGCUCAGAUUGGUUAUAGAGAGACACCCCUGUGAUUGGUUAGGGAGAGACACAUUUACAUUUUACAUUUUAGUCAUUUAGCAGACGCUCUUAUCCAGAGCGACUUACAGUUAGUGAGUGCAUACAUUAUUUAUUUUUUAUACUGGAAUCGAACCCACAACCCUGGCAUUGCAAAUGCCAUGCUCUACCAACUGAGCUACAUCCCUGCCGGCCAUUCCCUCCCCUACCCUGGACGACGCUGGGCCAAUUGUGCGCCGCCCCAUGGGUCUCCCGGUCGCGGCCGGCUACGACAGACACCCCUGUGAUUGGUUAGGGAGAGACAUCCCUGUGAUUUGAAACCUGGUUAAACCACUUACCAUGAUCACCAAACAAUUUAUUGGAAAACAUGCAAGAUAAUAUCAUAAUAUACAGUACUUGAAUCAGAUACAGUCAUUGUACUAUUGUACCAUCAGCAAACCAAAAAUGCCCAUUUUUAGUGACACCACCAUGUCCAAUGUGGACACCAAGGAAUUCUGGGUAAAUAUGCCAAACCUGAUGAGCCACCUGAGGAGAGUGGCUGACCAGAAGCCUCAAGCAACCUACUACAAUGUGGACAUGAUCAAAUAUCAGGUGAGACCAUCUGGAUAGUACAUAUUAUUACAGGGUAUACUGUAUAGUCACAAUGACAUGUAAUUGUUAAACAAAUGCAUUGAAGUUACUCUACUCUUACAUAGCUCAGCACAUAUUGUUGUCAGCGCAGAGUUAAAUCCAAAUACUGUUGUGUGUGUGUGUGUGCGCGCACAUGCACAUGACUGUGUUUUUGCAUGCAUGCAUGUGUGUGUGUGUCUCAGGUGGCAGCUGAGGGGAUCCAGUCUACUCCUCUGAACCUGGCGGUGAGUUGGCGUGGCGACACCACCAGCACGGACCUCAGAAUAGACUACAAAUACAACAUGGAGGCCAUGGCCGCCGCCCCCUCCCCCCUCCACAACAUCCACUUCCUGGUCCCUGUGGACGGGGGCGUGGCCAAACUCCAAGCCAUGAUCCCCACUGCCACCUGGUGAGGAUGCUGCAUUGCUGACUGAGAUUUUUAAAAACAUAUUUGUAUGUAUUUAUCCAGGUUAGUGUCAUUGAAAUAAUAAAGGCAACUAUAACUUUAUUUUGUUUUGUCUCUAAGGAACCCAGAGCAGCAGAACAUUCUAUGGAAGAUACCAAGCCUUUCCCAAAGGUCUGAAAAUGGAGGUAGGUGAUCUUCCUCUUUCACUUUUCCUGUGUCUUCUUCCUCCUCUUCCUCCUCUUCUGUCUUCCUCCUCUUCCCCCUCUUCCUCCUCUUCCUCCUCUUCCUCCUCUUCUGUCUUCCUCCUCUUCCCCCUCUUCCUCCUCUUCCUCCUCUUCUGUCUUCCUCCUCAUCGUCUUUGUUAUCAUCUGCCUCAACUUUGUCGUCAUAAUCGUAAUUAUACUCUUCGUCAUCACAUCACCAUCACCACCACAUAAUCAUCACCAUCUUCACCACCACCAUCACAUAAUCAUCACCAUCUUCACUACCAUCAUCAUCACCAACACUAUCAUCUCACCAUCAUCAUCAUCAUCAUCAUCACCAUCAUCACCAUCAUCAUCAUCAUUAUUCUCUUUCCUAUAGGAGUGGGGGCUCUACUGGGCAGGUUCCAGUUGACAGACGGUCCCAGUAAGCCGUCUCAGUUAGCGGUGCAGUUUACCAGUGAAGGCAGCACUCUGUCCGGCUGUGACAUCCAGCUGGUGGGGGCCGGCUACAGGCUCUCGCUGGUCAAAAAGAGAUUUGCAGCAGGUCAGUGUCUGUGUGUGAGGGAAGCAUUAAAAUACUAGCCUGGUCCCAGAUCGGUUUGUGCUGUCUUGCCUACUUCCAUGGUCAUUGUCACACGUUCUGGGAUCACGGGCCCCAUUUGAAACUGAACUGAAAUUGUAUUGAUUCUAACCCUGAAUAUGACAUUGUUGCCUGACCAUGCAGACAGGGCAAGACAACAACGCUUUGGCCAUAGCAAACAGUUGGAAUUCCCCUGACUGAAUACUCUGCUUGUGUUUCCUUUACAGGGAAAUAUCUGGCAGACAAC